AAAUGGCGGCCGUGGCCACCGAGCCAGGAGCUACGGCGAUUCGAACAACAGCGACCACCGACGACGGCUCACCGGAACCGGGCACCAGCGGCUCGGGUCACAUGCUAGUCUCCCAGGAGCCCGAUCAGGCCGCGGAGCUGCGUAGCCCUCGCUCGGGAGACGGUGGGGGCGGGGAGGAGCGCCGCCAUGUCGGGCCGGAGCCGGAGCCGGAGCCGGAGCCCGCGGGGGGGAAAGUCCAAGGUGAGGCCGCCGCCAGCGACCAACUCGUCCAGAACCGGAUUGGCACCGGGAGGGAAGCGGCUUGGAACGGCUCGGUGCAGGCGCAGGCGGCGGCGGCGUGCCGCAGCAUCCUCGAGCAGCCCAAGCCCUCCUCCUCCGCCGUCUUCCUUCACUCCUUCCCGGCCGCCCGGCCCCCGCCCGGCGCCGAGGCCGGCCUGUCCCUGGCGGAACCGGCGGAACCGACCACGAACGCCGCGGGCCGGGACCGGGGAUACCCGGCUUCGGUCCAACCGGAGCGGAGGCCCGCUGCUUCUCAAGACGGUACCGCGGAGGGCGAUCCGGAGACGGGAUACGGCGAGCCCGAGAAGGGGGACGCGUGUGGCGGCUUGCGAGAACCGCCGAAGCCGGACGCCAACCCGGCCGAAGUCGCUCCGUGCGCUCCGAGGCUCGGCGGCCGCGUGCAGGACCUGAGCCUCAGCCUGGGCUCCGAGGUCCGGGUCUCCUUGGACCACGUCAUCGAUGACGCGCUGGUUGUGUCGUUCCGGGUGGGGGAGAAGCUCUUCUCCGGGGUUCUGAUGGACGUUUCCAAAAGGUUCGGACCGUACGGAAUUCCCAUCACGCCGUUUCCCCGGCGCGAAGACCAUAUUCGACCUCAGAGGGCGGCGGUCCCCGCGGAGGCCGCCGCCCCCACGUCCCCAAAGCGGGAAGUGCCCGGCGAAGACGCGCCUCCUCGCCCGUGGACCGCCAAGCCGCCGCCGCUGUUCCAGGAGGGGGCGCCGUACCCGCCCCCGCUGUUCAUCAGGGACACCUACAACCAGGCGUUACCUCAGCCGCCGCCUCGGAAGAUCAAGCGGCCCAAGCGGCGCUACCGCUGCGAGGAGCCCACCUCCAUCAUGAACGCCAUCAAGCUGCGCCCCCGCCAGGUGCUGUGCGACAAGUGCAAAGGCGUGGUGGCGGCGGCCGGGCGGCGGACGGGCCCCGUGGACCUGAGGGGCGAGGAGGCGUCGCGGCGGGGGAAGGCGGCGGACGGGCCCGUGUCCGCCGAGGUCAAGCGACUGAGGAGCGACGACAAGAGCGGCCGAGGCGACAGACGGGCCCCGUCGGGCACGGGGGGGUCCGCCGCCUCUUCGCCGUCCUCGUCCGCGUCCAUGCGUCUCAAGCUGAACUCUAAGAAGGUUCUUGGCAAAGGAACCUCAGCGGAUCGCUCCAAAGCUCGCCAGGUUCUCAAGAAGAUGGCGCGGAACUCGCAGCCUCCGCCGCCGCUCGGCGAGAACCAGGACAGAGAGGGCGGCGGCGGCAAGGCCCUGACGCGCGCCGCCGCCUUGCAGAACCACAACCAGAAGGUCCACUUCACCCGCCGCCUGCAGCACCUUAGCGGCGCUCUGGUCGGCCCCGCCUCGCACACGGCGCUGCCGCCUCGAAUGCGCCUCAAACCCCAAAGGUAUCGUACCGACGACCCUCAGGGCCCCCCCCCCUCCUCCUCCUCCUCCUCCUCCUCCUCCUCCUCUUCUUGCGCCUCCUCUUCCUCGCCUCCCAAACACAACGCUCGCUCGGCCACCUCGAGCCCAGACCUGCCCGCGUUCAACCCCGUACCGCCGCCCCCGCGCCUCGCCCCCAGUCCGACGCCGCCCUCUUCUUACUGUGCUGCUACGGAGGACAAGGAGGCUCCGCCUCCUUCGGAGACCGUAGACCUCCCCCCGCCCCCGGACCCGGCUUCCUUAGUUCCCCCCUGCCCGUCCUCGGUGGAGGCGGCGCUCGGCGACAAGGAAGGAGGUGAACUGAAACGGCGUCGCAAAUCUUCCACGUCGUCGUCCUCUUCCUCGUCGUCGACGUCGUCGUCCUCCGUCUUCUCCAAGUCGGUGUCAAAAUGUCUGCUGCCCGACGGGCGCACCGUGUGCGUGGGCGACAUCGUGUGGGCCAAAAUCUACGGCUUCCCCUGGUGGCCGGCGCGGGUGCUGGGCAUCACGGUGGCGCGGCGGGCCAACGCCGUGUCGGCGGCGACGAGGCAGGAGGCGCGCGUGUCCUGGUUCGGCUCGCCCACCACCUCCUUCCUGCCGCUCUCGCAGCUGUCGCCCUUCCUGGAGAGCUUCCAGUCGCGCUUCGACAGGAAACGCAAGGGCCCGUACCGCCGCGCCAUCUCCGAGGCCGCCAGCGCCGCCAAGCAGCUGACGCCCGAAGUGCGCGCGCUGCUCACGCAGUUUGAGACGUAGCGCUAGCCCGGGCCGUCCUCUCGCCCUUUGCUGCAGGAAGUCACGCGUGCCCCCGCCCGCUUGCCCCUAUUGUAAGAUUCCUUAUUUUGUUCCUCCGAGGCGAGGCUUCUCUCCACGGAGGUUCUUCGGCCGUUGCUCGGCAGAUUUCAAGCGGCUUUGGCAUCUCUGUGCCAAGCCGGCGUUUCCCAACCUUUAUUGAGCCAAAGCAAACAUUUGAGAUUCGAAAAGAUCUCCUCCUGCACAAAACUCUCACAAAAGGUAGAAUAAUUAAGUCGCUUCUGAGCAAUUUCAUUGUUCUCCCUGUCACUACAGUGGACCCCCGUUAUGGGGGGGGUUUAGAUACCGGGCCCGACCGCCAAUAGCGCAACUCUGCAAAUUAUUGACAUCUAUUACAAUUUAAACCCCCCAAAUUCUUGAAUAAGCUCCCACAUCCCCAAAACCUGCACGGUAGGUUACUUGAAGACUGAAUUGUCAGUAGGUGUGAAUGGUUGUUUGUCGAUAUGAGCCCUGCGAUGGGCUGGCGACCGGUUCAGGGCGUAGCCCGCCUCCCGCCCGCAGUCAGCCGGGAUGGGCUCCGGCACGCCCGCGACCCGCGUGACGGAAAAUGGAUGGAUGCCGCCAAGAAGCGCUUCCCAUACAAGACGGCGGUUGCCCCCCAAAAAUGUGAAAACAAAUCAGUGAACAUGAGAAUCCGCGGGUGCCGCGGCGCCAGUAUGCGGGGGUCUGCUGUGUACGUCGCCGGCAUAGAUAGAAGAACAAAGCUAGAGCGGACCUCCUCACGUUCGCAGAUUUGGGGGGGGGGGGGGGAGUUUUCUUUGUUUCCAUGGGAAUUCUAAAUGAGCGUCAAGUAUUUGCAGGUAUUCGUGGUCGGGCCCAGUCCCUAUCCGCUUCGGAUUGUGGGGGUCCGCUGUACGUUGUUUGGCAAAAUAGCUACUUUUUGGACCACUUCAGUAAAAUAACAAUUUUUCCCGCAACACACCUGACGUUUUCUCACGGCAGACGAAUGUCGCUAAAACAAAGUUGGGAAGGGAGGACGAAAACCUCGAGUACUUUUGUAGCAACGUGACACGAUUCCCCAAAAAUGAGAAAGUCUGGUUGGACCGGCUACUUCAACCCGCCAAGAAUUUUGAAAAUCGGGUGAUGGGUUGUGAAGAGUUUUUUACGUUGGGGGGAAAAAAACUCUUUUUGGGGAAGGGUUUGUGUGAUGUCAUCUAUGGGCAAUUGGGUCAAACACCACCCUUAACCAGCGCUGUUUUGCUCAGGUUUUUGGACCGGAUUUUCUCCAGGCAAUAGCGCACAAAAACAAUCAUCAAAAAGUUUUUCGUGAUUCACACUACUGCUGCAAGUAAUCACUGUUUUCCUCAUCGAUGAAGCGGAGUAUUAUUUUCCCCGAAAUUGAUGGCGAUUCACUUACCGGUUUGGUCCAAACAUCCGUCAGAAAAUUGGCAAAAAAGGUUUUCCAAAGUCAAAGCAGAUGUUUGCAAAAGUUUGAUUUUGAAAAGCGACAAAGAUUUGACGGAGGACGACAGAAAUCGGGGAAUAUUUUGUGCUGCGAGCGAUUGAUUGAGUGGUUCUGAAAGGUUUCCCCCCCCCCCCCCCCCCAAGUACCACCCGCAAAUGUGCUUGGCUCUCCGUGCACUACCGACAUUAAAGUACAACGGCACGCGAGGCCCAAGUGUUGUUCAAGAAGCCGAUGUAUUCCCUGCGCUGUGAACAUUUUGCGCCGUUCGAACGUCAAUACUGUCGGAAAAUCAAACUGUUCUCGAAUAAUGCUUCAAAUACAAUGUAGUCCGCGUGAAAGUUACAAAUUGUACCCAAAUAAAAGCUUGAAAAGAUUAAGUCCAAAUGUGUAUUAUGCCAAAGUUAAAUACAACUAAAGUGUACUUAACAAAUGUCCUCUUCUGGAUGAAAAAAAAAAGAGAUUAAGCCCCGUUAACAAAAUGCACAUUUGAGUGAGGAGUACUCGUGCCACACUUUGAGAACCACUGGAUUAAUUGAUGACCUAAAAAAUGGUCGAUGACUUUGAUGAUCGAUUAGCUGUCGCUGAAUUUCGACAGCCGCUAAUGUGUUGUUGGGAAGCGCUGCGCUCAAAGCUAAGCUAGCCAGGGAGGUGAAAACGGUUUUGAUUUUUUUGUGCCGUGACGGAGACGAAGAACCGAUCCAAGCUGUGAAACUCUUCUCCAAACUGAGGUCGGGGGGCCUCAAAGCGGUUCGAGUCGUUCACGCGUGGUCAUCAAUCCCAAAUUGACGCCGCGGCGACGUUUGCCGGGCCAGCCCUCAGCCCCCCACUUCCUUCCUUUCUUCCGAUGAUGAUGAUGAUGGUGACGGUGACGAUGGUGUAUUUUCCCUCUCUGUUUGUCUCCUGCUCCACUUUGGGACUCUUUUUCCCGCCUGUUUGCAGAUCAGAGAUUCUGAACAAAAGCGAGUUUGUGUAAAUGUUUUUUUUU